AUGAAUUCUCGGCAGUACAUUAAGCUCGCAGAGUCAUUGCCCCCGCGAUUGACCAAAUUCUUCGCCCGCUAUCCACCUCAAGCCCUCCUCUCCCAAUCCGCACUCCCGAGCUCCUCCACCCCAUCAACAAGCAGCACAAAGCACCCGGUGACGGGGAGGUGGCAUGAUCCGGUAUUUUCGUUACGGAGGCAGGCGGAGCUGGUGAAGCUUGCGAGGCAACAUGGUGUCGAGGAAUUAUUACCAUAUACUGUGAAGGGGACGGAAGAGAGGUUACGGAGGAGAGCAGAGAAUGGGCUGAGGGUGAAGGGUACGGGCGUUGGGCAGAGAGUGAAAGGAAAGGAAUCGGAACGGACACUGAAGGGACGAUUGGAGAAGCGCAGACAAGCCAUGUUGGAGAUGCCGCAGAUGAUACAGACGUGGAAGGAGCGAGGACAUGGCCGUGGAUGGAAGAAAUGGCCAAAAUAA